AUGUCUCGUCAUCAUCCCGAUUUGGUUAUGUGCCGCAAGCAACCUGGCAUUGCUAUCGGCCGUCUAUGUGAUAAAUGUGACGGUAAAUGCCCAGUCUGCGAUUCCUACGUUCGACCAACGACGCUCGUACGAAUUUGCGACGAAUGCAGCUUUGGUAACUACCAAAACAAGUGCGUAGUCUGCGGUGGUGAGGGCAUCUCUGAUGCUUUCUACUGCUUCGAAUGCACCCGUCUCGAGAAGGAUAGAGAUGGAUGUCCAAAGAUCAUCAAUCUAGGCUCUUCAAGAACUGAUCUGUUCUACCAGAAAAAGAAUUUUCGGAAUCAUUAG